UUUCUCAAGCUGAACAGAACCUACAGACUACCACCUGUGAUUCCUUCUCUGACAGGAACAGAUUACCAUGGAGAAGUUGGCCGUCCUUCUGCUUCUGAGUGCUGCCAUUGCACUGGGCGACGCAAACCUGACCCAGCUCCUUGGUUUAGAACCCUUACUGAAGACUGAGGUGGAACAGACUCCUCCUGUCGAGGCUCAGGUAGCAGCACUGCAUGUGGGGACAAAGGAAAGUUCAUGUCCCUCAGACUGGCACCCUUAUGGAUCACGCUGUUUCAAGUUUGUCAGCAUUCCACAGUCAUGGUCAGAUUCGGAGCAAAACUGUUUGGCACUUGGUGGAAACCUAGCAUCCGUGCAUAACCUUUUAGAGUACCAGUUCAUGCAAUCACUGACAAAGGACACCAAUGUUCACCUACCUGACACCUGGCUUGGAGGUUUUGAUGCAGUCAAGGAGGGCUUAUGGAUGUGGUCAGAUGGGUCCAGAUUUGACUACACUAACUGGAACACCGAUGAGCCCAAUAACGCUGGAGAAGGAGAGGACUGUCUGCAGAUGAACGCUGCGAGUGAGAAGCUCUGGUUCGACGUGCCCUGUGAGUGGAAGUUUGUAUCUCUCUGUUCCAGAAGAAUGUAGGCUAGGAAAUGACCCAGCUACUUCACCUCCACCUCCAGGGGUCAACAGGCUACUUCACCUCCACCUCCAGGGGUCAACAGGCUACUUCACCUCCACCUCCAGGGGUCAACAGGCUACUUCCCCUCCACCUCCAGGGGUCAACAGGCUACUUCCCCUCCACCUCCAGGGGUCAACAGGCUACUUCACCUCCACCUCCAGGGGUCAACAGGCUACUUCCCCUCCACCUCCAGGG